CUUUAUAUCAAAAUCGGAUGAGUGACAUGAAUUAUUCUGCAUCAAUGACAUGCACUUGUACUGAUUAUAUUACUAGUAUAUUUAAGUAAAAAUCUUUGAAAUAGUGUUGUACAAUUUUGCACUGUACAAAUAUUAUUUUGACUUGGAAAUAGAAAAGUUCUCUAAAAAAUUCCCUAGAAUGCAGUGGUUCUCAACUGCAAUAAUCGAGAUAGCGUGAGAGAAAUCUCAAUAAUCGUCUUUAAUUCGUUUCUAACCUAUUGAUGUUCCAGGGGUAAUUGAAUUGCACUAGGACAAUGUCAUUCGUUUUAAUAGGAUUACAAACAACAGCAAGGUCUCUGCGUGCCGGUCUAUUAAACAGGACCGUACCGUGUAGAAGUAUUUUUCUCAGCUCGCCUUUUCGUGAUAUCGAAGAGGCCAAGAAUGACAACACAUUAGAUGCAAAACGAGACACAGAUCAAGGAAUAACUUCAUCAAGAGAUAGGUCAAGAGUAAUUCCAGUUGAAACAAGCAUUCGUUAUUUAGCUAGUGACGCAUACAAGCAGACAUAUGGUGAUGACCCAAUAUGGAAAUUAUACAGACGAAACCAUAAAGGCUUGCAUCCUCCCAAAAAAACACGUAAAACUUGCAUUAGGGCAAAUGUCGUUACUACAGGAAAUCCAUGUCCUUUAUGUCGUGAUGAAUAUUUAGUCCUUGAUUAUAGAAACACUGGACUGCUUAAUCAGUUUAUCUCUCCACAUAAUGGUGCAAUUUUUAGUUACACGAAAACUGGUAUUUGCCAAAAGAAAUAUAAGCAGCUUCUUAUUGCCAUUUACAGAGCCAAGGAUCGGGGUAUAAUAACCUUCGAUCUUCCCUUUAGGGAAUAUAAUUAUUCUGAGUGGAAGCCUAAAGAAUUACAAGCAGAGAAUUAAAUAAAAGACAUAACACUAUAAGAUUGUAAAAAAUCAGUACCAUUAAAACCGUGAAAUUCUA